AUGGAGCUCUGGCACUCAGGCCGCAAAGUCUGCUCCGAGCGUGCAUCAGCUUUCUUCGCCGACAAUGAAGACUUUUACCAAUGGGACUGUCCUGAUCUCGAUGAACCUCGAGUCAGCUGGCGUGUACAGACUCGUGAGAAUGGUCAGCAGCUUAGUAUCUCCACUGUGAUUGGGGAUGAGGUGCUUAAAGUGUAUGAAGUCAAGAAUGAGGACACAGACUACACGGACUGCUGCGGUGCUUGGGCUGACAAUGGAUGCAAGGCGAAGGCAUAG